AUGACUAGCGUGAUCGGUCACCUCACAGGAUUGGAUUUUGACCGUCAGUACAAGGGUUGGAUGUCUUGUCCUCCAGGCGCUUUAUUUGAAGCUCCUGUUCAAGAAGACAUUGAUAAAGACAAGCUGCCGAUCGCAGAAAAUAUUCAAACUCAAGCCAGGUACAGCAAAGCCUUGUUUAUCUGGACAGAUUGUGAUCGAGAGGGGGAACACAUUGGCUCCGAAGUCCGAAACCAGGCGAAAAAGGGCAAUGCUCGCAUAGAGAUCAAGAGAGCCAAGUUCAGCAAUACUGAAAGAGCCCACGUCCUACAGGCUGCACGUGGACCAGUCGACCUUGAUGAGUAUCAAGCCAAUGCUGUGGCGGCCAGAAUUGAACUUGAUCUUCGCAUCGGUGCGGCAUUCACUCGGCUACAAACCCUGCAACUCCAAGCUGUGGCCGAAGUUUUGAAAGAGAAGGUUAUUAGCUAUGGGUCAUGCCAGUUCCCUACGCUGGGAUUUGUGGUCGAUCGAUACCUACGAGUAAAGAACUUCAAACCUGAGACCUUCUGGGGUAUCAAAGUCAUGCUUCAGCGCGAAGGGAAGAAGGUUAAUUUCUUAUGGAAGCGUGUUCAUCUAUUUGACCGCGCAGCAGUUACAAUGAUGUUGGAGCGCUGUCUAAUUGCGAAGGAAGCUAAAGUUGUCAAAGUUGUUCAAAAGCCGAAGAGUAAAUGGCGACCAUUACCCUUGACUACAGUCGACCUCCAGAUGAUGGGCAGUCGAUUUCUUCGCAUGGACAGUCAAACUAUCAUGAAGAUUGCCGAAGCCCUUUAUACAAAGGGAUACAUCAGCUAUCCGCGAACGGAGACAGAUCAGUUUGACAAGGCCAUUGACCUCAAGAAGCUGGUGGAGAAACAGUUCCCAGACAACUCGUGGGGUCAAUAUGCUCGAGAGCUUAUCGAUGGGAAAUUCCGGACUCCCCGAUGGGGUCGCAAUAAUGACAAGGCCCACCCGCCCAUUCAUCCAGUAGCUUGGGUCUCACCAAACCAACUAAGCGCCAACGAGAAAAAGGUGUAUGAGUUUGUGGCUCGAAGAUUCCUCGCUUGUUGCUCAGAUGAUGCCAAGGGACAAGGCACUGACAUUGAGAUACAAUAUGGAGAAGAGUUGUUCCAUGCCAAUGGCCUCAUUGUGCUUGAAAGAAACUAUCUCGACGUCUACGUCUAUGACAAGUGGGAGAGCAGUCAAGAACUCCCAACCUUUGAGAGGGGAGAGACCUUCCAGCCUACCGAGGCGAACAUAUUCGAGGGCAAGACUACUGCACCGAACUAUUUGACGGAACCAGAGCUUAUUGGUCUUAUGGAUGCCAAUGGUAUUGGCACUGACGCAACCAUGGCAGAGCAUAUCGCCAAGAUCAAAGAUCGUGAAUACGUCGUGACUAAUAAACGAGGAAGCGGACGAACUUCGGUUGAAGAGCUCAUACCAACUCGGCUGGGAAUUGCGCUUGUUGAAGGAUACGACAACGUUGUUUCAGGCCUCCCGAAUAGUAUUUCUUUGAGCAAACCGUUUCUACGAAAGGAGAUGGAACUACGAAUGCUUGAGAUCUGCGCAGGCACGAAGACUCGACAAGAGGUAGUGCAGCAGAGUCUUGAUAUGUACCGGGAGGUCUUUAUUCAUACUCAGAGGCGGAUUGAUAUGUUAAAAACGGCAUGUCGAAAAUAUCUCGUCGAAGACGCCGGUUCGUGA